AGAGAAAUAUGAGGAGAGAGAGAGAGAGAUGAGAGACUGGAUGGCGCGCAGGGGGAAGGGCUGUAUCUCAGUAGCAAAGCACCUGCUUGGCAUGCAGAAGGUGCCAGGCUGAAUCUUGGAGUUAGGAGGGCGUCCCUGCCUGAAAUCCCGGGGAGACUCUGCCGGCCAGUGCAGACAGUACUGACUUUGUAUAAGCGAUGACGGAGGGGUUCCGGGCUGACCCAGGAUCCACUCCGAGUUGGGCAGCGCAGGGAGAGGGGCUUGGGGGUUAGCUGGCGGCAGAGAUGCCCCCCAUCGAGGCCACCUGGAAAGGCACCUGGUGUGGGGUGGUGGGGAAGGGGGCCGCGCUUCUUUGUUCCUGCCAUGCACACUUUGAAGGAAAGCAGAGGACACUGUUGGGAGGGGGGCGGAGAUGGACACCGGCUUCCCACAACUCCACCCUGGGGACUUGUCUUUUUCAAGAGGGGCUAAUGCCCGGUGACAACGAACUAAGCAGCUCCGGGGGCCCGAGAGAAAGAGUUGUCGCCGGGUAAGCGGAAUAAAGCCAGCCUUUUUUCUUUGCCCGAAACGGGCAUUCAGCGGCGUGCCUUUUGCUAACCAUUUUGGAAAACAAAUAAAUAAACAAGUCCCGGGGCUGUGAUUUUAAAAGGGGUUUUUAAUCAGACGUGGUUUGGGAUGCCGGGGGGUGGGGUGCAGAUUAGCCAGGUUGGGUUAUGCUACCAAAGCAUGGGCUACACGCAGGAACCUCUCUCUAUGUAUUUAUAUAGGACACAUUUUCUUACCAGUAUAAAUAUGAGCAUGUUGGUGUAAUACGUAUAUGGAAUCUAUAUUAAAUAAGGGACAAAGAUGCUGCAUUAAAAAGAAAAGAAAAAUAAGUGGCUAAGAGCUCUCUAGAAAACAGUCUGAGAAAGAGACUUGGUGUUGGUACCUGCGAGAAGUAAAUAAUUUUCUUCUGUUAAAAAUAGCGAUUUUUAGACACGAUGAGGUUUCAGGGAAGGCGGAAUUAUGGGCUGGGACUCCCGGCCGUCGUGUAGUUUGUGCUGUUAAGUGUGCCUGAUGAAAGACACCCAGAUGAAAGUGCUUUUGGCUUUAUGGAGCGGCUUGAAAUGAGUUUCUAAUUAACAGCGUCUUAAAAUCGUAGGGAAAUAAAAUGUCGCUUCUGUCCAGAAACCGACGCGCAUUUUACAGGCUGAAGACCCUUCUAAUAGGAAGGGGAGAAAAAAACUUCCUCUUUCUUUAUAGUUACACAAGAGAAUUUUACUAGGGAGUUCUGGAAACCAAAACACGCUCUUCUCACCCCACGGAGCCAUCCCUCCGAUGGGAGAGGUGCGCAAGGAUUUGUUUUAUUCUAUUUUAUUUGUCACGGGCCAAAGAACAGAAAACAGCCAGAAGGCAUCGCAGGGCGACGAGUCCUUUCAGAAACCAAUCUUAUGAGGCCGUGUAUGUAUGUGCAUUAUAAAAAGAAAACACACACACAAACUCGACCUUCCCACUUGGGGAGGAGGGGGGGGGAAAUAAGCAAAGAGAGAAGUGGAGAGAGAAAAGAAAGGUUUAAAAAACAAAAUACCCCCUGCCCUGUUUCAUCUCUUCCCUCCCUCCUCCACAAUCACACGCGCGCGGGCACACUUUCCCCAACCUAUUGUUCUGAGAUUUUGUGUGUGUGUGUGUGUGUGUGUGUGUGUUUUAAGAGGACAGGGUUCAUUUGAAGGGGGGUUGAGGUUUCUUUUUCUUCUUCCCUGGAAACCCCCGCAGUUCCGAGGAUUUCCCCGCACCCUCUCCUGUUUCUGGUCUUUCUGCACCUGCUUGCCCAGGGAGCUUUCUCAGUCCCGGUCCCGUGCAGAAGAUUUGCACAGCUUUGCAUGUUUUAGAACUAUCCAACUCUAGGCGACCAGCCUCUUCCCGAUUCCCCCCACAUCCCACCCCUACCCCCUUUUUUCUUUUUCUUUCUUUCUUUUUUGCUGGGGUCAGCUUUAAAAAUAAUUCUUUCUUCUCUCACCGACCCUACCUCCUCUUCUUCCUUCUGCACACUGCCCUCAUCUUCCUCUGUUGUCGGGACUCAAAGUCGCAGCGAAUACCCCGCCAGCGCAUUACAGGAGCUGGGUCCCUUGGAGAGGAUUUCAGCAGGGAGAGGGGAAGGCUGUGGUUGAGAGUAGGUUUGGUCCGCAAGACAAGAAGAAGCUAAGCGGAGAGUAACCUAUAUACAGUAUAAAUCGUAAGGCUGAGGGUGUGUUUGUGUGUCUCUGUGUCUGUAAAUAGCCAUUUCCUAUGAGACGAAUGUGAUACUCCAGGCAUCACACGUGCGUAUGUGUGGCUAGCCAAAUAGUUAGUGUAUACAUCUUUUACAUAAAUAAAUAUUAAAAUAACAACUUUCCUCUCAAAUGUAGUUAAAAAGAAAACCCACUUACAAGCUGACUACACAGAAAAAACGUCUAUUUAAAAUAAAUUAAAUAUAACGCACUAAACGCAGAUAAAAACGACUCAAAUUUUAUGCAUUCAAAUAGCGAUGGUGAUGAUGAUGAUAAUGAUGAUGAUGAAAGCCCCGGUGAGCAGAAUGUAUUAUUACUAUUAUUUUCCUUUCUGUCUUAGCUGACAUUUCUAAGUCUUACCAAUUUGGCUGCAUCCCACAAAUUACUCAUAAAGGGCAACCCUGCGUCGACUCUCCUUUAGCAGUAACUAACAUUUGUAUGCAGACUGGAGCAGGAUCCCUUCCUCAUUUAUGGAUGCAAGUCCUAAACGCACUUACUAGGGAGUAAGUCCCGUUGAAAGAGUGCGGCUUACCUCCCAGUAUCACGCACGGGGGGGCUGUGCCGGCUCAUUUAUUUCUUGCAUGUUUUAUAUAACCCAGGAAAGAUUGUCUCUGGGCCCAUCAACGGUAUCUUAAAGCAGGUCAUUUUAAAAGAAAAAAAGAAAAUGAUCCGCCCAUUUCUCCCUCUCCAAAGGAUCCAUGAAUUCACUUUGAUGAAUAGUCCUCUGAACAAAUGAUGCAUCUCCGUGCUGCAAAAUGGCAGGAUCCCAUUUUGCAACACACUCGUGGCCUGUUUCUGAAACGGACCAAAUUUCCGCCUCCCGCUUGGCUCUCUUUUACAGCCUCCACCCCGAAGCGUUUUUCUCUUGGAGAAACGAGUCCGGGGCUUUGCGUGGGAAAGGAAGGCGGGUGGGCACUGCUGAACCGAUGUCAACACGCAUUAAAAAUAUUUAAUUCAGGACAUCGAUCCCUCCCAGGUUGCAAGAGCCCUUUCAAGGGGGCAUUGCGCGACUCUUUAUGAACCCCUAGGUAUGUGGGUCUGAGUUCAAGCCAACCUCGCCUUUUCUUUUUCUUUCCUUUUGUUUUGCAAAGUGAUAUUUGUAAAACUAUUUUUCGAUUCUAACUGGUGUGGAAUGAAGCGGGGAGCUGGCAGAGGGGCGGACAGAGGAGAUGGGUUGCGGGGAGAGGGGCGGGUGGCUGGUGCUUAGUGACUGACAAAUUGCAGGUUAAUAAAAUGCAUUUGCAGGCUGAGUGUCAGGUGCAUCUGGUGGUCAGGAUUUGAAAGGGAAAAAGAGAGAAGAAUAGGAAGGUGAAACGAGAAACAGGCUCAAAAAGGGGAGAAUAUCCAGUACAGUACAAAUUAACAGAUUGGAGGCAACGAGGACUUAGAAAUACAGGAUGCUUUCACAACAUAUACAUACAUACAUAUGUACACACACGUAUAUGUAUAUGUAUACAUACAUGUUGUUGUUGUUGUUUAGUCGUGUCCGACUCUUCGUGACCCCAUGGACCAUGGGGUCACAUACAUACAUACAUACAUACAUACAUACAUACAUACAUACAUACAUACAUACAUAUGUACACACACGUAUAUGUAUAUGUAUAAUGUAUAUGUUGUUAUCGUUUUUAACGAAGCUUAACCGGACCUCGUAGUUAAGUGGUUGCCAUUCAAAAGCACUGGUAUCAUUGGCCGUAUUUGAAGAGAAACAAAAGGGAGAACAGAAGAAAAUGAAUAAUCUUUUUUUUAUUUUAAAAAAGAAAACCCACUAGAGCCCAUGAAAGGGGGUUAGGAAGCAGGAAGCCUGCCUGCAGGAAGCGGGUUGCCCUCGGAAAUGGGGCUAAUGAGGAAUUUGGGGUGGCUCCAUAGACAGACGUGAGAGCUCUCUGGCCCCAGUUGGGCGCUUCUGUCUUUUCCCUUCGCUCGCCCUGCAAGUCAGAUUCACCUCCUUGCCAUUCUCAAGAACCACAACCGGGAGCUAGAUGUGCGCGCCUGAUCCCCACCUAUAUGGGUCAUAAGAGGCUGAGGUGUGUGGAGGGGGGGAGCAGCAUCUGGGCUGGGAAAGAGGCCCCGAGUUUGCUUUCGGAACUUCCCCCACCGUUUUCAGUCAGUCUCUCCGGCCAAGUCCGAAUAUGAGCCCGUGAUGGCUCAACGAAACAAAGAGCCAGCAAUCGGAGGGGGAGAGAGAGAGAGAGAGAGAGAGAGAGAGAGAGAGAGUGAUAUGGUGCUGGACAUUCCAGGAUCCAACCCUCGAGGAGAGGACUGCCAAUGCCCUCCCCCCCCCCCGCCUCCAACUGCACACCGACGCGCGCUCUCACUGGGCGCAGCGAUGCUUACUCUCGAGUAAACACGCGCGAGGGAGGGGGGCCCUUCCUGGCUGCUGCCAUCCCACCCAAGCUGCCCCGCUCGGAGGGAUUUACUUCCGAGAAGACGUACAAUAGGAUUGGGCUGAACGAAACUGAACAGGGAGAGGCGGGGUGGGGGAGAAAAAAGUCUGCAACGCAUUGAUGGGGGAACAAAACGAAAGAAAAACCCCACGGGGUGUGCAGCGUGUGUCCCCCCUCCCCGCUCUAAAGCAGCCCGCCCUUUAUCUAGAGCCCCCCCUUCCGCGCUAGUCGUUUACAGCAGCAGCAGAGGAGACCUUUGGAGAGGCGAGAGGCUCUUUGGCUCUCUCGCUACCUGCAGCUGCAGCGCGCGACUAACUCUGGGGUGCCUGCCGACCUGGACGGCUAACCCGGAAGACGAGAGAGCUGGGAGAGGCGUGUGUGUGUGUGUGUGUGUGUGUGUGAGAGAGAGAGAGAGAGAGAGAGAGAGAGAGAGUCUCUGACGCCACUUGUACGUGUUUCUAUUUCUGUACCUGCCUUAGCCGGCUUGUUGGAGCGCUGAGCGGGGCUGGGGCUGCUGCAGCCUCCGCCUGGCCGUCGGCUCAGCCUGCUGCUCCCCCUCCCCUCUCCAGACCAGCGUUGCUCCUGGCUGCCCCUCCUCCCUCCCUCCCGCUGCUCCUCCGCCCCCUCCCGGCCGCCACCAAUAUCUUUCCCUUCAACCCCCUGCUGGCACUGAGGAGCUGUCUGGGAUGCGGCGUCCGGGGAGACCACCCUUGCUCGGCACUGCUGGGUGGUGAUCCCAGGUGUGUGGCAGGAACCUCUCUCCGCAACUUCCCUGUUUAAAAGAGGGACACACGGUUACCUUUGUUUGCCUUCCGAGAUCAACCUAGCUCUCUCCCGAGAUCUCUACUGUUUCAAAACCAAAACCAACUCAAAACCAAAACGGUUUUGGGUUGGAGGGAGGGUUUUAGGGGGGGAGUGGGGGAGAAGCCCACAGGAAUGGAGGUAGCCACGGACCAGCCGCGCUGGAUGGCCCAUCACGCCGUACUGAACGGGCAGCACCCGGAGACUCAUCACCCGGGACUGGCUCAUAACUAUAUGGAACCAGCGCAGCUCCUACCUCCGGACGAAGUGGAUGUCUUCUUCAAUCAUCUGGACUCCCAAGGCAACCCGUACUAUGCCAACUCGGCCCAUGCCAGAGCCAGAGUUUCCUACAGCCAGGCGCACGCCCGCCUCACCGGGAGCCAAAUGUGCCGGCCUCACUUGCUCCACAGCCCCGGCCUGCCCUGGCUGGACAGCAGCAAAGCGGCCCUGUCGGCGGCGCACCAUCACAACCCGUGGACGGUGAACCCUUUCACCAAGGGGCCCUUGCAUCCUUCGGCGGCCGGCGCGCCGCCCGGCGCCAUCUCGGUGUACCCCGGCGGCGGCAGCUCGGCGUCGAGCGCGGCCUCCGCCUCGUCGCUCACGCCGGCCUCGCACUCGGGCUCGCACCUCUUCGGCUUCCCGCCCACGCCGCCCAAGGAAGUCUCCCCGGACCCCAACGCCGGCAGCAGCGCCGCCUCGCCCGCCUCGGCCUCGGCCGGCCGGCAAGACGACAAGGAGCCGCUCAAGUACCAGGUGUCUCUGGCCGACGGCAUGAAGAUGGAGAGCGCCAGCCCGCUGCGCAGCAGCCUCGCCGCCUCCAUGGGCGCGCAGCCCUCCACGCACCACCCCAUCCCCACCUACCCUUCCUACGUGCCCGCCGCCCACGACUACGGCGGCAGCCUCUUCCACCCGGGGAGCUUCCUCGGGGGGCCCGCCUCCAGCUUCACCCCCAAGCAGAGGAGCAAAGCCCGGUCCUGCUCAGAAAGAAAUCCGGUUUCUUCGUGUUUCCAUUUAGAAGGCAGAGAGUGUGUCAACUGUGGAGCUACUGCCACCCCUCUCUGGAGAAGAGACGGUACUGGGCAUUACCUGUGUAACGCCUGUGGGCUCUACCACAAAAUGAACGGUCAAAACCGACCUCUCAUUAAACCUAAACGGAGACUGUCAGCAGCUAGGAGAGCAGGAACUUGUUGUGCCAACUGCCAAACAACAACCACCACCUUAUGGCGACGUAAUGCGAAUGGGGACCCAGUGUGCAAUGCCUGUGGACUGUACUAUAAAUUGCACAAUGUGAACAGGCCUUUGACUAUGAAGAAGGAAGGAAUUCAGACCAGAAAUAGGAAAAUGUCUAACAAGUCGAAGAAGAGCAAGAAAGGCUCUGAAUGCUUUGAGGAACUUUCCAAGUGCAUGCAGGAGAAAUCUUCUCCGUUCAGUGCCGCUGCCCUUGCCAGUCACAUGACACCAAUGGGGCAUUUGCCACCUUUCAGCCACUCUGGACAUAUCCUGCCAACACCUACCCCCAUUCACCCAUCUUCCAGCAUCUCAUUUGGACAUCCACAUCCAUCCAGCAUGGUCACAGCCAUGGGAUAGAAUCUGAAGAUCCUAACAGAGGACUUGAAAACACUGGGCUUUGCCUAUAAGACGACAGCGAGGGAAAAAAUCUGCCCAGAGGAGAGAAUGUAGGGAAGGAAGAGGAACGAAAGGGGAUCUCAUUCCAGUGUGGUUCGACUCCUAGCGCUAGACUAAAACUUUGCAGUGAUGGGUCUUCUGCAGAAAUGCUUAAUAUGGUGCCUGUUAUGCACUUUGCCCCCUCAGGUAAAUGGAGAAAGAGGAACUCACCUGUUUGAAAUGAUACCUUCUGGUCCCAGCAGAAAGAAAAGGUGGCUGAAGCAGUCGAAGAAGCUGGAGCCAGCUUUCCUUUCUCUUUGUUAAUUACUGUGAAUAUUGUAAAGAGAUUAGCAGCUUCCCAAGGCAAGAGGAAGCUCAGUGGUAGCCGCCCACGCUGGAUUUCUAUCACAGAUUUUGUGUUCAGGGGAGGAAAAAUGGACAACUUUAUAAAAAAAAAUCUACUUUUUAAGAAAAGAAAUCAGAUACAGGAAAAAAAAUCAUUAUUUAUUUUGCUCUUGUGUUCCAGAAAGAGCUUCAAAACUCUUGCAUGUUCUUGUGGAUCUUUUUUAAAUUUUUUUUAUUUUGUUUAAAGAUACGUCCGCCCAGGUAAAGUGUUUUGUUUUUUUUAAUCAUCUUAUUGCUUUAAUGGCCACUCUUGAUUCUCUUCAUCACUGUUAGACUUUUAAAAAAAAUCUACUAGGAAAAGGCUGUGUACGUGAAAGAGGGAGACAUUUGGUGCUGACCUAGGUUCCAACAGCCUCAAGGUGCAGAUUAUUUUGACAUAAUUUGUGUAUUAAUUUUUGUCAAUGUGAAGGUCUUUUGUUUAAAAGCAUGGCAUCCUACAAGAAGACCAAGAUACACUGGACAAAUGGCUAAAAGGUUUUUCCAUACCAAACAGUCCUGCAUUGGCCAGAGGGCUAAAAUCCACAAAAAUCAGCAUUUCUUCCCCAUCAUACCUCUCUGAGCAUCUAGUUGGUUGUAGAAAGUGAUAACAGGUAUACUUGCAUCCCAGGCUGCCCUGGUUCCCCACUUCUCUCUUGCUCCUUCCCAAUAGCAGGUCUGAACUGUAUCUCCUCCGGUCAUGGAUUGUGUUGUUUUAGAUAGAGCACACCAGUCCACUAAGUUCCAUGAUUUGCUCCAUCUGCCUAGCUUGGCGGUUGCCAACUUUUUUGGGAACCCAUGGGCACAUUCAGAAAAUGGGCACAACACACACACACACACACACACACCCCACACAGCCAAGCAUGCACUGCAAUCCAUUCUAUUGAUUGCAAUAGAAUGCUUCUUUCGUUGUCUGACAUCAGCGGCAGGAGGGAACCCCCUGGGCGCCAAGGGAGGCUUCUGUGGGCACAUCUGUGCCUGCAGGCACCGCGUUGGCAACCUGCGAUCUACAGUACACUCCACAACCUCUGUGCCCUAUCCGCUCUCAACCUCCCAGUCGGUGCAGAGCUGCCCCUCUGUUUCUAUCACUCCUGUUAUCUGUGCCUUCUUUCCCUGUUCCCCCGUCUGCACAAAGACAAGCCCUUGGCACCAAAAAGCCCUACUAACUCCUGGCACUAGGAGCCCCCCAGAACCUAAAAAUGUCCCUCAUCGAGGCACCACCUUUAUGCAUUGCUCUUGUUCAGUCUCCAGUCGCUCUGAUGGUUUUUGUAUAGAGUUCUUGUUUUAUAUGAACCAAGUCAGAUUAUACCAAGUCAGAUUAUUUGUCAGUCUAUCUCAGUAUUACCUACAGAGACCGAUGGCAACAGCUCUGCUGUCUUUCCCAGCCCCACCUUGAGGAUUGGGGGGGGGGGCUGUUUGUGCUGCAGCACAGUUUGGUAUAUUGAGCCACCCUAACACGGAUUCAGACCCUCCUUGUAUCCUGCUCAGUACAGUCUGCUGAGAUUGGAGGUAUGGCAGGUGGUCUCCCAGGUCUCGGGCAAGAGCGUUUCUUUUCUGAGACAGUUAUGCCAGAUGAUGAACCUUUGACACACAAAACCCUGGAGUUGUAGCCCUUGCUUUAGUGGUCUGUGCCCCUGGAUCUAACACGCAACUCUUAAUUCAGGGCAAGGGGAAGAAAACCGUAUUAAGGAUCUGCCAUGAUGCUUUCAUUUCGUCUGUCUGAUUGAUCUUGCCCAAGAUACUAAGAAAUGUUGCGUAGCUAAUUCCCCACUAGAUGUUUUAAAUAAUGUGUCCAGAGCUGGAGUUUGCCAUCUGUAGGCAUGCAUGUCACACAGCACCUUUUCUAGCUGAGAAACUGGUGAAGGGCAGAAAAUAGGCGAAGAUCUAUAAGUGGUGGAAGAGCAUGCGAGAGAGACCUGAUUUCAGAUUCGUCCAGUAGUUCAGAGAUAGCGACAGCUUACUGAGUGAUGGGAAAGUGAUCUGCUACUGGGGAGCAUAGACGGGUAUGCUGGCCAUUUCCUAUAGCACAUAUAUGUUUGUUUGUUUUUUGUAAGGAAAAUCACAAAUGUUGAGAAACAGGAAAAAAAAGUUAUAUCCCAUUCUGAAACCAUAUUGUAUGUAAACAACCGAAAAAUAAAGCUCUUGCCAGUGUGAAGUGUAUUCUCCUAAUUGUUAUGAUCUGAUGACUUUCAUGAUCACAAGGUCCAGUAUAACAUAUGAUGUACAUAUUUAGCUAUAUUUCUGAUGAGAAAAAAGCCCCUGUGAGCAAAGGGGUUUGAUAAUGUAAACCGCAUAAGCUUAAUUCUGUGACGAGCUUUUUCUUGUUUGUUUUUUUAAUGGGUUUUGUUUUUAAUCAAGCCAAUUGUAUGUUAACUGCAAAAGUCUGCUUAAAACAAAAAAACAAAGGUGUACGUUGGUUUUGGUUUCUCUUUCCUGCUCCCCCCCCCAAAUAUAUAAUUCAGCUGUUUUAUAAAGAACAAAGGACCAAGCAUCCAAAGUGAAAAGUUGCUUUCCUCCCUUUUCUGGUCGGUGUGGGCAUAUAUAGCUGCACUUUGUGAAGAAAUAGAAAUAAUCGCCAAAACAAAGGGAAGAGAAAUUCUGUCUGGGAGAAAUGGCAUCUUCAAUUGACAAACUGGGAAAUUAAACUACGUUUUCUUUUAUAUUUAAGGGAGGCAGGGGGGACUUUUUUAAAAAAUGGUACAGUUAUACAUGAUUUGUAACUCAAUUCAAAUUCUUUAGGGGUGGGAGUGGCUGGGUGAGAGCAUGAGAGGCUUCAUGACAUUGGGGGAGAAUAGCCACCCAGUGCUGCCGCUGCUGCUCCACAGUCUUCUUUUGUCUCUGUGGGGUGAGCCCUCGACAAGCCCCACUUUGGUGAAUGGAGAUUGUGCAGCAGGAGUGCUUGCUGGGCAGGGUCCACACAGUCGACAAAGUGCAAUAUAUUGUCAGUCACUGCAGCGUAUAAGAACCGCAGUCAGGAUUUAAAUUAUUUUGUACUUGUAUCAGCAUAAAGAUUUGGCAGUAUUUUCUGUUUUGUUUUUUUAAUUUUGGCUUAAUUUUUGGUUUAGUGAACUAAGUUAUUGUUAAUUAUGUACAACAUGUUUAUAUAUUGUCUGUAAAAAAAAGUGUAUGCUUCCCUCAUAUUCCUUCAAGGUGAAUACUGCUAAGAAUAAUAAUAAAAAAUACCCCCUUUUUUGUGAAA